GCAGCUCUGCUGUGCUGGCUCCGUGCCACGGCCAGCCCCAGCCUCAGCACCCUUGGGUGCUCCCGGAGCCUCCCUCCGACAUCAGGCUCAGCCCACGGGAGGGCUUGGUUAGAUGGAGAAACAUCCCCUCGCGUGUCUGACGUGAGCUAAUUAUGCCUGAGCCGCACCAAGCCCCUGGAAUCCCCUCCAAACCCAGCCCUCGUGUUGCGAGGGGGGCAACCACCCACCCCCGGUCCAGAGUGAUUUCAUCUGUGAUUAGGCAAAAUGUAUUAAUAACAUCCCCCGCUGCGUGUCGCCGGGGGGGCGGGAGGUGGAGCUGGGGCAGGAUAAGAGCCAGGGCUCGGCGGGGACCGGGGCAAACCCCCAGCUGCCACCCCUGCACCCCGAGAGCCUCAGGGGGACGAGGACCCGCUGGAAAUGGCUGCGCUGUGCCGCAGGGUGCUGCUGCCCGUCCUGCUGCUGCCCUGGGUGAGCACCGGGCAGGGGCUGAGCCUCCCGUGGGACCCGGCGGUGCCCGACGCACCGGCACGCUUCCCCUGGGACGGGGGCGAGCCGGCUGCCUGGGAAAACAUGGGCACCAAGGGGCUGCUGCAGGGUCUCCCCAAAAGAAGCGACCACAACUCCGUGGAAGGCUCCGAGCCGGACCAAGCCACCCUGCUGCUAGAGGAGUCCAUGAGAAAAGCCUUCCCCUGGCUGGCGAGCCCCGGGGCCGGCGGGCACGCGCCGGUAAAAAAGAGCAGCGCGGCGAAAAAGGUGUCCCUGUCCCUCGACGUCCCCACGCACAUCCUGAAAAUCCUGCUCGACCUGGCCAGGGAGAAGGAGCUGCAAGCCAAGGCGGCCGCCAACGCCGAGCUGAUGGCCCGCAUCGGGCGCAGGAGGUGACGGCCCAGCCUCCCGGAGAGCACCCGCGGCACCGGUGGCCGUCCCCGUGCCGGCACCAACCCCAGCCCCAACCUCAGAGCAAACUCAUCCCCGGGACGUGCUGCCUGGGGGGCUGGCGGUGAGCAAGCAGCAGCCAUGGAGGGGGUGCGUUAAUGACCCCAAAAUCGGGGAAAGGAGCAGCCGGGGCUGGCACCCCCACGCCGGGCGAGGUGGCCUCCUCGUCCCCAUGCCACCGCUGCUGGCGUGCCCCGAAAGGACACAUCCGCACCACGGACACACGGGUUUUCCAUGUACCUUCUGUCUGUACACCUACAGUGCUUUUCUAUCCCAUAAAACCCUCCCCAAAC